AUGUUUCGAGGUUGUUUUCGAUGGCCACAUACGACGUUAAGGAUAUCUUCUACAGCUACCAGUCGUCUUAGGCAUUUCUUGCCAUAUUCACCAAGCUCGUCAUCAUGGACGCUUCCAGGUCGGGAUCAAGCACCUAUUGGUAUUACUUUCUGUCCUAAAAGACUGGCACAUGUUGCGGCUGUAUCGACGGAAAGGGUUCCAGAUAAGACGGCGGCUGCUGCCCUUGAUAUUGGACCAUUCAAGACUCUGUUCCCACCAUCACCUGAACAACAAGUUGCUAUUGAUGCUCUGUUACAUACCAAAAACAACGUGAUUGUUGACGCGUGUGCUGGUUCGGGGAAAACGACCACCAUUCUGCAUCUCGCGAAAUCUGCACCCGAAACUAAAUUUCUUGUGUUGGUCUACAACCGGCGUUUGAUGCUGGAAACACAGCAGAGAGUGGAAGAUUUGGAUCUGGAAAAUGUGACAGUGCUAAAUUAUCACACGCUAGGGGCGAGGUAUUACACAUCAGAAUGUGCCACCGAUCAAGGUCUCAAACGAGCUGUGGAGGAUGAAUUGCCUGUAUUCAGUGGCAUGGAACUUCCUGAAUUUGCAGUCUUGAUUUUGGAUGAACAGCAGGAUAUGACACCAAUAUUGAAACGAUUCGUGGAUAAGAUCUUACGCGACAAGGGAUUCAUCGGGCCUGGUCGAAAGCCCAAGAGUGGGAAACUGCUGAGAGUCGUUGUUUUGGGUGAUAGACGUCAAGAAGUCUACGGAUUUAACAAUGCCGACUCACGAUUCUUAUACAUGGCUGAUCGCCCUGAGGUCUUUGGCUACAUUAACCAGCAAGAGUGGGUUUUGGCUGAUCAGACAGCCUCAAAUCGCAUAACUAAAUCGAACGUUGACUUCAUCAAUCAGCAACUUCUCACCGAUCCCCAGGGAAAACCUAUGCGGGCGGUAAAAUCUCGAGACGCAUCAGGCCUACCCUAUCCUCAACCACGCUAUGUCAUAUGCGACCCAUAUGAUGACCUGGUGCAUGAGAUAUCACGACUACUGGAAAUACCUGGCAUAUUCCCCAACGAUAUAAUCGUUCUUGCCCCCUCAGUGCGUGUCGGCUCGCCAGCAAUCUUCCUAGCUAAUGAUCUUGCGCUCCGAGAAAUCCCGGUUUUCAGAUCGGACUCGGAUAUCUCAGACAUCGCGCCCGAAGUUGCUCACGGCAAAAUAUUGAUCUGCACGUAUCACCAGGCCAAGGGGAUCGAACGUAAGGCGGCAGUUGUUCUUGGCUUCGAUCAGUCAUACCAUAACAUAUAUGCCCGAGUAUCAGAAGACCCGAUUGCGGUCACCAAUCCUCAGUAUGUUGCAGCCACCCGGGCACUCGAGUACCUUGUCCUUAUUCAUGAUCAUACAAGUCCCCCAUUACCUUUCGUGAACUUGGACAACGUGGACGCAACGUGUGACUUGGUCAAGAUUCGCGAGCUUGAUUUUAAACCUCCCGCUCCUGAAUCAUCCAUCGGUAACUUCAGCGUGACUGCACUCUGUCGAAACGUUUCCGAGACUCUUAUGACAGACUGUCUUCGUCGUCUCAAGUUCAAAAUGCUUGCUGAACCUGCUUAUGGAAGCUCGCCGCCACCCUCUGAAAUCCAGGAUCGUUAUGAUCUCUUAGAAGCCGUCGCAGGUAUCACUGGAACAGCUGUUCCUGCUAUCUUUCAGUGGCGUCAGAGAAAGAAUUUGUCCAUACUUUCGGGACCUGUAAAACUCCUCUCGCCGGCCAAAAGACCAUCAAAACGACGAAAUCCGUUGCGCCAGCUUCCAAAAGCCAUCUACGAGAGGAUCCAGUCUAUAAAAGACGGAUAUGAUGCCCGUGUUUUGACCACCGGUGACAUAUUGUUCAUUUCGAACCUCGAUAUGGCAGAUAAGGACAAAGAUAUCACCAAGCUCCUAACUAUUCCAUUAAUGGGAUACACAUGGAUGGUAGAGACGUAUUGUAAAGCUAUUCAAUAUUUACUCAACACACUUCCAGGAACCGCCAAAGUCUUAACACGAGGUGUAUUUUUCGAACACAGUAGGGUUCGUAAGUUUCCUUAUAUUACACACGGGGGUGGGCCUACGAGGCCGAAAAAGAAAGUAGGAGUCAUUGUGCGAGGCGUCAUGGACAUGUGUCGCCCGAAAAAGGAGGAACCCAUCGUCUGGGAAAUCAAACACUCCGAUUCCCUGUCACCCGAGCACCUAUUGCAAGUCGCCUUAUACAUGGUACUUUUAGGCCCAGCCGCCUCGGGAUACCUCGUCUCAGCACGCACAGGCCAAACCGUGCAGGUCUUGUCCCAGACGUCGAAAUCGCUCACCGAGAUUCUGCAGUUGCUCGUAGAUGCUAAAUCUGGGGGGGCACAAACGAGAUUGCUGAAUACGUAUUCGGAUGAGGAAUUUUUGGCAGAGUGCAGAAGUGACUUUGCGGGUCUGGUGGGGAAAUGUGCGUUGCCGGCUUGGUUUGCUAUGAAGCCUACUCAGUCGAGGUAUGGAAAAGGGCAGACGGAGGGGAAAGAAGAAGGGGAGGAGGGGGGGGGAUAG